AUGGAAGAUUUGACAAAUGGCCCACCUUUGGCCUCCACAAUCUCUUCGAUUGCCAAUCUAACCAAAACUAUUGUUGGUGCUGGUAUGCUUGCCAUCCCUUAUGCCUUCAGAGCGGAUAGUAUUAUAUUUGGAAUAUUGAUCAUUUUGCUUGCUGGGGUGGCCUCAGGGUUUGGGCUCUACCUUCAAUUUAGAAGUUCCAAGUUUUUACCGCCAGGCCACGCCACUUUCUUUAGUGUUUGUUCCAUCACAUACCCUAAGCUAUCAGCGAUCUUCGAUUUGGCAAUUUUUUUGCAAUGCUAUGGGUGCUGUGUAUCGUACUUGGUGAUUGUUGGUGAUUUAUUACCAGACUUGAUCAAGCAUGAUAGCUUUCAAAGAUCUCAGGCGAUUUUGUCAAGCGCCAUCAUUAUCUUCCCUUUGCUUUACUUGAAAAGCCUUAACUCGUUGAAGUAUACUUCAAUGUUAGGAUUGGCGGCUAUCGCUUACCUUUUCCUUUUGGUAGUGGCACAUUUUGUCGUUGGUGAUGUUUCUAGUGAACUCAAGGGAGAAAUCAGGAUCAUUGAGCCUCUUGGGUUGGUUCCUAUGUUGUCGACUUUUUCAAUCAUCGUAUUUGCUUAUACUGGUCAUCAAAAUAUGUAUUCAGUUAUCAAUGAAAGUAAAGACAAAUCUACCAAGAACAUUUUGGUGAUUAUUGUGUCAUGUGUUGCCAUUUCAACGACGUUGUUUAUUAUCAUUGGUCUUGCUGGUUACUUGACUUUUGGUUCCAACGUUUCUGGUAAUGUGAUUUUGAUGUACGACAAUAAAUUACCAAAUAUUAUUGGAAGAUAUGCCACAAUCUUCAUGGUUAUUUUCUCUCUCCCAUUAAUGUUCCAUCCUUGCAGACUCAGUGCCAACAAUAUCGUGUAUUAUAUUCAAACUAAUUACUGUUCCCAAACCGAGAUGAAAACCAUUACCGAGGAUGAAGAAACUCCAUUGCUUCAAACUGACGAACCUUCUCCAUCAGAAAUGCAGCCGGUGAUUGUUCCGUUCUCAAAUAAGACUUUUAUUGUGUUGACCACUCUGUUAGGAUUAUUGGCAUAUGUUCUUGCCCUUAGCAUCAGCGAAUUUGCAUUGGUUCUCUCGUUGGUUGGGGCAACUGGGUCCACUACCAUUUCUUUUAUUCUUCCAGGGUUGUUUGGUUAUAAACUUCUUGCCAAUGAUCACACCGACAUCAAUUACAAGCAAGACAGAAUAUUCAAGCUUUUUUCAGUAGGAUUGACAUACUGGGGAUUCCUUGUGAUGUUUGUUUGUGUUGGUGCCACCCUUUUUUUCAAUUGA